CAUACACUCGAGCUGGCUUUACCAAUUUCCUCUCGCCAUCUAAUAACCUGCUAAACGUGCUUCCCCGUGGCAGUCAGGAUACAAGGCGAGAGGAGAGCAACAUGUUUGCCUUUUCAUGGGUAUCGCGUGUUCCCAUGCGACAUGGCCCUGUGCUUGCUUUCAGACAUUGCAUGGCAGGAGCUGCACUUAUUUCACCAUGGCUGCCCUCUCUAACUUGAUAUGGCCGUCGCACUUUUUUUUGCUAUGGAGGGAUGCUUGGUUCCUGGGGCUUGGUCAAGGGGUAGACGUACCAAACGAUUGCCUACAAAUUGAUGGCUACGAUCAGCUCCCUUGGAUCCUGGCAUCUGAAGUCCAUCACGGAUGACCCUUAAGGCACGCAUGUGUUUACCUGGAGGGUUUCGGCCCUUGGUGUAGGACCCGCUCAUCGUGGCCUACUUAUAUACAAGUUC